AUGCCCACCACCGUCGUCCUCGGCGCCGGCGUCAUUGGCCUCGCCUCCGCACACGCCCUCGUCGCCCUUGCACCCGCCCAUCGCGUCCAUCUCGUCGACCCCGCCCCCGAACUCUUUGCCUCCGCGUCGGGGAAGGCCGCCGGCUUCCUUGCCCGCGAUUGGUUUGCCCCCGCCACCCAGCCUCUCGGCGCCCUCUCCUUCGACCUCCACGCCGCCCUUGCCCGUGACCACAACGGCGCCGCACGCUGGGGCUACGCUCCCUCUGUCUCUUACUCCCUCGACCAUGCCUACCAGUCCGAAUCCGACACGAGCGACGCGGACAAUGUCUCUGCCGCCAACUCGUCCACGCGAUCCUGGCCACAAGCCACGGAAGAGCCCGCAGCACAUGGAGUACGCUCCCGGCCGGCACUCAAUUCCUUGACCUCGGACUCAUCUGACACACCCACCAUCACCGACGUGCGGAGCACGACCGGCCUCAACUGGCUCAUGGACGGCAGCAGCCGUAGGUCCUCGGCCGACUCCAGUCGCAGCAGGCCGCCACCCGACGCGAUACCUCCAUGGCUGAACGCUCGCCCCGAGGCCCUCGAAGUCCUCUCCGAUUCCCAGUCGACCGCACAAUUGUACGUCGUGUCCGUUUUUCGUGCAUUGCUAGCCGCAGGUGUCACACUGCACCAACCUGCUCGCGCGACGCGCGUUGUGGAGGAGGCGGGCGUCACACACGUCCGCAUCGAGUACCCUACGGCAGAGGGCGGCACACAGACGGUCGACAUCCCCUGCGAGAGCGUGGUGAUUGCGGCGGGGUGCUGGUCGCCUCAGGUAUACGGGACGCUGUUCCCGAACGCGAGCCGCAUGCCGCGCGUCACCCACCUCGCCGGGUACUCCCUCACUCUCGCGUCAAAACGCUGGAUGCCGCCGCCUCCGCCGCCGGACCCCUCGGCGACGCCGCAGGAGGAAGGGCCAGCGGGCCCCCCAUCUGUCCCAUCCUCGGACGACGGUGAUACCACCGCUGAGAUUUCUACCCCACUCCCGCCCCGGACGUGCCACGCGAUCUUUACGGACGCAGACGGCUUUGCGCCCGAGAUCUUCUCUCGUGCCACAGGCGACAUCUGGGUCGGGGGCUUGAACCCGCCGAUGCUGCCUCUGCCUGCGCUGCCCACGGACGCGGUGAUCGAGGCGGGCGAGAUUGCACGCCUGGAGGCCAUUGCGCGCGAGCUGUGCGGGGAGGACUUCGAGGUGCGCAACGCGGCGCUUUGCUUCCGCCCUGUGACCGGGACGGGGCGGCCGGUCAUUGCCCGCGUGCACGAGGCGGACUUGGGGGACGGGCCCAAGCCGCGGGGGUUACCUUCCGCGGACGGCGAUGGGGUCGCUGGAGGGGUGUACGUCGCGACGGGGCACGGGCCGUGGGGCAUCACGCUCAGCUUGGGCACCGGCCGAGUUCUCGCGGAGAUGGUUCUUGGGCGGGAGACCAGCGUGGACGUCGGGAUGCUAUCAAGAUGGUGA